CUUAUACAACCAAAAUCUGUACAUCUUUUUCUUUUUUGGUAAGUGAGAAGCAAAUGAGUGAAUGACCAAUGAGUACUUCGCCAUGAAGCAACUCCAUUACGGAAACUCGCACCCUUAUUUUGGGGAUUACUGACGCCCAGAGUGCCCAUUCCCGCCCUUUUUUAUUUUGUUUUCUGAGAACCCAAUCCAUUCCAGACUUCGAGUCAGGAAAGGCAGAUCGAUGGGGUCAUCCCGCUGACGUGGAACCGAUGCCAUCCCGUAGAUCUCCUUUACCGCUGUGAGUCACACAAGUAUCAACUACUCUACACCUGUCUUCACCUGAUUGCCUCUCCCUGCCGGCAGUGGACGCGUGGCGCCAUUUCUUUUUUUUUAAGUGUUUUUGUUUCUUCUUCUCCUCCUCCAAAUUAUUAAUGUGGAAAAACGAGAGCCAAACAUGAUGAAUUAAAUUUUAAAAAAUAGAACUCCUCCAGACCUCCACCGCCUUCACAGUUUCCCACUUGCCACCAAUUAACUAUAAAUUUCCUCCGGCCAAAACUCCCAAUUAAUUCAUUAUGCGCAUCACCGGCGAUCACAAUGGCCGUCGACGAGUCAUCGGGAAGCGCGCUCCACAUGACGCUCGUGAACCGGUGCCUGAGCCUGGAAGCGAGCCACGAGAGGCUGAAACAUGAGCUGUACCAUCUUCUGGAGGACAAGUCGAGACGGAGGGACGGCGACGACUCCAGAUCGGGCGGUACCGUGGCGACGAAUGACAACAGGUCGGCGGAGUUGACGUCACUAACCGGGAUGGUGACGACAUUUUCCGGCCGGUCUUUCUUUCCUGGAUACUUCGUGGAGGGGACUCCUUACCGCGGGGUGCUCGAGAACAUGGGGCACGCUCUUCACUUAUGCAGCGCUUCUUCUGGACAUAUCUUCUACUGGAAUCGUGCUGCUGAAAUGCUAUUCGGGUGGCAAGAACAUGAGGUCAUGGGGCGGAGCAUGGCCGAGCUCCUUGUGGCUGAAGGGAGCCAUGCGUCCCUUGGUAAGAUCUUGGAACUUCUGAGCUUGGGGCGGUCGUGGUCAGGGCAGUUCCCUCUUAGGAAAAAGUCCGGAGAGAUAUUUAUGGCGUUGGUCACCAAGAGCCCAAUGUACGAGGAGAAUCAGCUCGCUGGGAUCAUCACGGUUUCAAGUGAUGCGGCGGUGUUCAACAAGACUAAUUUAGAGAACCUGAGCAAUGUUACUAUUAAGGAGACCAACUUCCGGAGGAUUCAGUGGCACCAACGGCCGGCCAUUGCAUCGUCAGUUUCUAAUCUGGCUACAAAGUUAUUGCCUAGAAAGAACAAUGAUGAUGGUAAUUAUGAUGACCAUUGGGGUUCCAGGGCUGAUGCACAAGCUGCAGUCACGAUCCAAGAUCACUCUGGUUCACUAGACACAGGAACUAGAAGUAAUACAUGUCGUCAAAAUGAGAAGAAUGACACCAACCGUAGUCGUCAUCCAAAAAUUUUGCUGAAGGCAGCUAAAAAGUUGGCAAAUCUACGCAUUGGAGGGUACAAUGGCAGUAGUAAAAAUGUCGGGGAGAACAGUCAACGAUAUGACCAUGAUGAUAGGUCUGUCAAAAAUGAGGGCUUCAAAAACACUAAUCAUCAUCGAGGAUCAAGAGCGUCGGUAUCUGAUCAAUGCUCUAUCGGUGGCAACGCUGAAGCAAAGAGUCCUCCUAGACAAGAAGGAAAUUCUUUGGUCCCUCUUAGGAACUUUUAUAAUAUGUAUUCACGGACCAGUCGAAAUCCUUCUGAAGAGAUGUGUGUUUCAACCUCUAUGGAGGAAGGAAACCAAUCCAGGAAUCUGAACUCAGUGAUGGAUGCAAAGGAGCAGACAGAGUUAGACCGGGAAGUCUUGGAAAGGGAAGAAGAUGAAACAGGCAGAGGAUCAGACGGGAAGCAGUAUUCAUGUGUUGCGGAGAGCAAUGACAUCCGCAGAAGUUCAUCUAGAAAGGUGGAUAAUGGUUCAAGUUCAAAGGUUGACUGUGAGAUUAAGUGGGAGGAUCUCCAAUUAGCAGAGGAGGUUGGGCAAGGUGCAUUUGCCGUUGUCUAUCGAGCAAUCUGGAAUGAAUCGGAUGUCGCUGUCAAGGUUUAUUUUGCCAGCGAUUACAGAGAAGAAACAUUACAUGAGUACACGAAAGAGAUCGAGAUGUUGAAGAGGCUUCGACACCCAAACGUGUUGCUUUUCAUGGGAGCUGUGUAUUUACCGCAACGACUGGCCUUAGUCACAGAGUUCUUGCCAAGGGGAAGCCUUUUCAAGACACUUCACAGAAACAAUCAGACCCUGGAUAUCAAAAGGCGGCUCAAGAUGGCCCUUGACGUUGCUAAAGGGAUGAACUACUUGCAUCAUAGAAACCCACCUAUUGUGCAUGGAGAUCUAAAAUCUUCCAACCUGCUUGUUGACAAAAAUUGGAAUGUAAAGGUUGGGGACUUUGGUCUAUCUAGGUGGAAGCAUGCAACCUUCUUGUCUGCAAAGUCGGGAAUAGGAACGCCUCAGUGGAUGGCACCUGAGGUCCUCCGCAACGAUCCUUCGAACGAGAAGUCUGACGUCUACAGUUUCGGGGUGAUCUUGUGGGAGCUAAUGACAGUCUCCAUCCCAUGGGACAGACUCAACUCCUUGCAGGUGGUUGGAGUGGUUGGGUUCAUGGACAGAAGACUGGAACUGCCUGAAGGUCUUGAUCCCAGGAUAGCAACCAUUAUCCAAGACUGUUGGAAGAGUGAUCCGCAGCAACGGCCGUCGUUCCAAGACCUCAUUCGGCAACUAACGAGCAUAAGUCAUCGGGCUGUGACGGCUCAAUCUCAGAGAGCAGCUAACGAGACAUAGGAACAAAAUGUUCCAUUUCCGUGUCAUGUCGAUUCAGUUACGCUUGUGCGGAUGUGGGCAGCUGCGAGAUCGCACAGCCACAGAAAUUUCAAUGUUGUGGUAACUGUUUGGUCCUUGCAAUGUACGAGGAACCGGACGUCUGUUCCGUGAAGGGUCACAUCCACGACUCACAUCAGGGGCUGUGAGGAAGACGAGAAAUAAUAGUUAUGGACGAGUCUACGUUGGGUUAGUCGGCUCCGGCGGUUUAGUAGAGAAUUUAUCUCUCCGCUCCAAGCUCCUCCACGGCGGUGAGAGAGAAAAUAGUAGUGUCCUUUUCCCCCCAUUGCAAAUUGUAACAAGUGGAAAGACGGCUAGUACCCGUGGUUUUCAAAAAUGGCUGAUCGCGAGAUGGCUUUUUAUCGGGAAACUAUGUAAACACACGUUGUUCGAAUUUUUCAUGAGACGACUCUUAUUAUAUGUACAUAUCUCAACGAUAAUGUUUGUUAUUUUGUUAGAUAAGUGCAUUUUUAUAUGGGUGAUAUAAUAUUAAAUAAUGAAAAACAGCAAAAAAU